AUGGUUUUUUUUACGAAGAAUUCAAUAGACGUUACGGCUCAACUAAGUUGUAUGAGGCUUUUCACAAAGCCUUUGAUUCGUUAUCCUUGCUGCCGUUGUUGCGGAUCAUCCGAUGUGAAAGACCAGACGCUCGAAAUCGAUUUUCGAUAUGGUGGCAGAAAAAAAUGUUUGAAACUUGGAGUUGAUUUGAUUGCGCGUGCUCAUCAAGUUGUGCAAGAUGGGUACAAGUUUUUCGCAAAUCGAAGGUUGGCAAUCAUCUUUUCGGCACCUCAUUGUAGGCAUUUCGACAAUGCUGUUGUUGCUGACAAUGCUGACAAUGAUGGAGUGAUCGAGCAACAGGGAACCCACGAGGGGCUGCAACGACAACCGGGCACCUAUGCAACACUUGGUGCCCAUACCCGGGCGGUCAACCAGGGUCCGAACGAUGCAAGAUGUGCUACGCCAAAGAAUUGCUUUAAGAUGGCGAUAAAAUGGGUGUCAUUGAAUAUCAAUAAACGAACAAUCAAUAACGAAACGCUAAUUCAUUUCGAAAAAGGAAACGUCUCGUCGUGUUCUUCUCGGAAAAUUAUGUUCCCG